ACACUCUUUGGGUUAUUUUUUUCUUGCUUGGAUCAGAUUCAUCGGAAAGGGCUCAGGAGCCAGCUGUCACUCUGUGUUUUUUGCUGCUCAGUCACUCUGUAUUUCUGACAAGUCCCUCUCGAGUUUGCGCUCUCAUUUCUCUGUCUAGAUUGGGGCUGAGCAAUGUGAUUUCUAAGGUUCCUUCUGGGUCUGACAUUCUGUGUGCCUUUGGUCCACACCCUCUCUCAGUGACCCCACUGCCAGGGGGUACAGCCCAGGGGAUGUGUAACAGGGUUUUCCUCCACAAAACUGGCAGAAUUGUUCUGGGUUCUAAUCUGAAGAUGUGGCCCCUCGUCAGUGCUCUGCUGAUUUUGCAUGGGGCUAGCUCACGGAGAAUGCUGGCUACACCCCAGCUGGCGAGCAUCAUCAUCAUCCUCAUCUUUGGGCCCACUGGUGCUCUGCUUGGCUGGAGGGAAGCUGAGGACAAGAGCAUGUUGGUUUGGAGCACUGGGAGGCCUGUGGAAGGCGAGGAGGGUAGGAACAGUCUGGCCCAGUUGAAAAUGGGCUUGGGGAGCUUGGCCAAUCCUUCAAGGCCAUCUGGGCAAACCUAAUCUCCAAAGGGCAGAGUUACAAGAACCUCAAACACUACUUACCUCCUCCAGUACUAACAUUGGACACUUCUAAUGCCCAUUCAUUGUUGUGAAGUUCAAAUGAGAUGACUCAUGAGGAAGUGCCUGGAAUACUAAACAUACUGUCAAACAGUAAUAAGAAUUACUAUCUUGUGCUGCCUGACUCCACAGAAUUUUAGUGCUAGUGCUGGGGACAGAAAAGUGAAAAACAGAGGCUCAAUGAAUUAGCAUACAAUGUGAUGGCACCAACACACUGUGGAUGGUGUCUUAGGUCAAGCUGCUCUUACGAAAUACCAUAGAUUGGGUGACUUACACAGCAAACACUUGUUUCUCACAGUUCUGGAGGCUGGGAAGUCAAGAUCCAGGCACUGGCAGAGUUAAUGUCUGGUGGUUCAUAGACACAGUCUUCUCACUAUGUCCUCAUAUGGCAGAUGGGAUGAGACAGCUCUCUGGGGCCUCUUUCAUAAAGGCAUGAAUCCUGUUCAAGGGAGCUCCACCCUCAUGACCUAAUCAUCUCCCAAAGGCCCCGCCUACACAGAGCAUCAGAUAGGGAAUUCUGCUUCAACCUGUGAAUUUUGAGAGGACACACACAUUCAGUCCAUAGGAAUGGGCAAAGCUUGUGGGAGCGCAGAGGAGGGAGAAGUCCACUCUGCUCGUGGGGGUGGAAGCCUCUAUGGCAGCACUGACCGUUUAACCUGGUCUGGAAAGAUGGCAAAGAAUUCACAGGCGGAGGGAAUGGGCAUCCUAGCCUAAGCGAGGGGCAGCGUGCUGGAGAGGUUUAUGGAAACCUCUGGUAAUCUGGCCUGGUGGCUGGGUGGCGUGGGAGGGACCACGUGGGGGAAGCUGUGGAGGGAGCUGGUGAUCAAAUUAGGAAAGGUCUUGGAUAAUACAUAAGGAGCCUGGACUUCACGAAUUCUUCAAUUACCAGGUUUAAAAAAAACUUUUAAUUUCAGUUUUGGCUGAAAGACGACACUAUUGCUUUAAUUUUAUUUAAAACCUUCCUGUGGAUCUAUAAUAGGCAAAACUUAACUCAAAUAGAUUUAAUCAUAGCCUUGCUGCACUGUCCUGUUAAUUUUGCUGCUCUCCUUCCUCUUGGAACUUCCAUGUAGAAUACAUUUAUCUUCCUGCUCUAGUCUUGUUUUGGUUGAAAUAUUCUAGUGAGAGAAGGUGGAAUCUUUAUUUUUUUUCUCUCUUGAUACAGAAUAACUGCUUAUUUUAGAAUGUGGAAAAUAGAGAAAACCAUAAAGAUGAAAAAAUAAAUUUAUCCUCCAGACAAGAUUGGUGGAAGAUGAGUGGCUGAGCUCCAGUAGAAUCAGUUUUGUUCAAAUCCUAACUUUCCCUCGUGUUACCUGUAAGACUUGGCAGUUUACUGUCUCCAGGGCUCAGUUUCCUCCUCUGUAAAACAGGAAUAAUGCUCCGAAUACCUACCUCCUAAAGUUCUUAUGGGGACUAAAUCCAUUUCUUCAUGCAAAGCACUUAAGAUAGUGCUGUGUAUAUAGUAAAUAAUUAGUAUUUCUCAUGGGUUAUCGCAACGCCCUCUGGGUGAGUUCAGCCCUGCAGUUGGAGCUCCAGGAGGGCAUCCUCCCCUGGGGAAGGGUCUUUCUGCCUCCAUGUUUCAUAUCAGGAAGUGGGGAAGCUUGUCAUACCUCAGGAUGAGGCUCGUGUCAAGUCACAGACUGGUGUUUCUUCAGAGUCUUUCCCUAGAGAAUGCUAGCUCAUCUUCCCUUGCUCCUUCCUCUCUAGCAUUUCCACCCUUGUCGGGCUUUUGGGGCAGGCUGUCCCUUUAAGAAAGACAGCCACACAUUCUGCAACUGAGGCGGCACUGCCUCCCUUGCUGGGCUGUGGCUGCGACCCUCCUGGGCAGGAUUUUAGUAUUGAAGCCUCCAGAGGAGGGGGUGCUGCUUCAAAUCAAGCACACCCCACCCCAGGAAUCCAUGCCCACAGAAGGACUCCCUGUCCACGGCCCCCUGCUAUGGCCCUGGGCUCCCAAUGCCCAGCUCUGGGACAUCAGAAGAUAAUUCUUGAGGAGUGAGCUCAGGGUCCCCAAAAAGAAAGUUGGAAAAUAGCUGGAUAAACUUGAUCACAAUGAGGACCUAGGGCAUCUGCCUGCUGACACCUCCUGGCCUGCAGUGACCAUGGCCCCUCGCAAGAGGAGCCGCCACGGCCUGGGCUUCCUGUGCUGCUUCGGGGGCAGUGACAUCCCCGAAAUCAACCUCCGGGACAACCACCCUCUGCAGUUCCUGGAGUUCUCCAGCCCCAUCCCAAACACAGAGGAGCUCAACAUCCGCUUCGCAGAGCUGGUGGAUGAAUUGGACCUCACUGACAAAAACCGGGAGGCUAUGUUUGCACUGCCCCCUGAGAAGAAAUGGCAGAUCUACUGCAGCAAGAAGAAGGAGCAGGAGGACCCCAACAAGCUGGCGACCAGCUGGCCUGACUAUUACAUCGACCGCAUCAACUCCAUGGCUGCAAUGCAGAGCCUGUACGCAUUUGAUGAGGAGGAGACUGAGAUGAGGAACCAAGUUGUAGAAGACCUGAAGACGGCUCUCCGGACGCAGCCUAUGAGGUUUGUGACCCGCUUCAUUGAGCUGGAGGGCUUGACCUGUCUGCUAAAUUUCCUCCGGAGCAUGGACCACGCCACCUGUGAGAGCCGAAUCCACACCUCCCUCAUCGGCUGCAUCAAAGCACUGAUGAACAACUCCCAGGGGCGGGCGCAUGUGUUGGCGCAGCCGGAGGCCAUCAGUACCAUAGCCCAGAGUCUUCGCACAGAGAACAGCAAGACCAAGGUGGCUGUGCUGGAGAUCCUGGGUGCUGUGUGCCUUGUGCCUGGCGGCCACAAGAAGGUGCUACAGGCCAUGCUGCAUUACCAGGUGUAUGCAGCGGAGCGAACCCGCUUCCAGACCCUGCUGAAUGAGCUAGACCGAAGUUUGGGCCGGUACCGGGAUGAAGUGAAUCUGAAAACAGCCAUCAUGUCCUUCAUCAAUGCUGUCCUCAAUGCUGGAGCUGGAGAGGAUAAUCUGGAGUUCCGCCUACAUCUACGGUAUGAAUUCCUGAUGCUGGGGAUACAGCCUGUGAUUGACAAGCUCCGGCAACAUGAAAAUGCCAUCCUGGACAAACAUUUAGACUUCUUCGAGAUGGUCCGAAAUGAGGAUGACCUGGAGCUAGCCAGGAGGUUUGACAUGGUCCACAUCGACACCAAGAGUGCUUCCCAGAUGUUUGAGCUGAUCCACAAGAAGCUGAAGUACACGGAGGCCUACCCCUGCCUGCUCUCUGUGCUGCAUCACUGCCUGCAGAUGCCCUACAAGCGGAACGGUGGCUACUUCCAGCAGUGGCAGCUCCUGGACCGCAUCCUCCAGCAGAUUGUCCUCCAGGAUGAGCGGGGUGUGGACCCUGACCUGGCUCCCUUGGAGAACUUCAAUGUCAAGAACAUCGUCAACAUGCUCAUCAAUGAGAACGAAGUGAAACAGUGGCGAGACCAGGCAGAGAAAUUCCGGAAAGAACAUAUGGAGCUUGUGAGCCGUCUGGAGAGGAAGGAGCGGGAAUGCGAGACCAAGACAUUGGAGAAGGAAGAGAUGAUGCGGACGCUGAACAAAAUGAAGGACAAGCUGGCCCGGGAGUCCCAGGAGCUGCGCCAGGCUCGGGGACAAGUGGCAGAGCUGGUAGCCCAGCUCAGCGAACUCUCAACAGGCCCUGUAUCUUCCCCACCACCCCCUGGGGGCCCACUCACCUUGUCUUCCUCAGUGACAACCAAUGACCUGCCUCCACCCCCUCCUCCUCUGCCCUUUGCCUGUUGUCCCCCUCCCCCCCCACCACCCCUUCCCCCUGGAGGACCCCCAAUUCCCCCAGGUGCCCCACCUUGCCUCGGCAUGGGCCUGCCCCUCCCUCAGGACCCCUACCCCAGCAGUGAUGUCCCACUCAGGAAAAAACGUGUCCCCCAGCCUUCCCACCCGCUGAAGUCCUUCAACUGGGUGAAGCUGAAUGAGGAGCGUGUCCCUGGCACCGUAUGGAAUGAGAUUGAUGACAUGCAGGUGUUUCGGAUCCUGGACCUAGAGGAUUUUGAAAAAAUGUUUUCAGCCUAUCAAAGGCACCAGGAGCUGAUAACUAAUCCUCCUCAGCAGAAAGAGCUGGGCUCCACUGAGGACAUCUACCUGGCUUCUCGCAAGGUCAAAGAGCUGUCGGUCAUUGACGGCCGGAGGGCCCAGAACUGCAUCAUUCUUCUUUCCAAGUUGAAGCUUUCUAACGAGGAGAUCCGGCAGGCCAUCUUGAAGAUGGAUGAGCAGGAGGACCUCGCUAAGGACAUGCUGGAGCAGCUCCUCAAGUUCAUCCCAGAGAAGAGUGAUAUUGACCUACUGGAGGAGCACAAGCAUGAGAUCGAGCGGAUGGCCCGCGCUGACCGCUUCCUCUACGAAAUGAGCAGGAUCGACCACUACCAGCAGCGACUGCAAGCCCUGUUCUUCAAGAAGAAAUUCCAGGAGCGGCUGGCAGAGGCAAAGCCCAAAGUAGAAGCCAUCCUGUUGGCCUCCCGGGAGCUGGUCCGCAGCAAGCGUCUAAGACAGAUGCUAGAGGUCAUCCUCGCCAUAGGCAACUUCAUGAACAAAGGGCAGCGUGGAGGCGCCUACGGGUUCCGGGUGGCCAGCCUCAACAAGAUCGCCGACACCAAGUCCAGCAUUGACAGAAACAUCUCUCUGCUCCAUUACCUGAUCAUGAUCCUGGAGAAGCAUUUUCCUGAUAUCCUGAACAUGCCUUCGGAGCUGCAGCAUCUACCAGAAGCCGCCAAAGUCAACCUCGCAGAGCUGGAGAAGGAGGUGGGCAACCUCAGGAAGGGCCUGAGAGCGGUGGAGGUGGAGCUGGAGUAUCAGAGGCGCCAGGUGCGGGAGCCCAAUGACAAGUUUGUCCCCGUGAUGAGCGACUUCAUCACGGUGUCCAGCUUCAGCUUCUCAGAGCUGGAGGACCAGUUAAAUGAGGCCAGGGACAAGUUCGCCAAGGCCUUGAUGCACUUCGGGGAGCAUGACAGCAAAAUGCAGCCGGACGAAUUCUUUGGCAUCUUUGACACCUUCUUGCAGGCCUUCUCGGAGGCCCGGCAGGACUUAGAGGCCAUGAGGCGGAGGAAGGAGGAGGAGGAGCGGCGGGCGCGCAUGGAAGCCAUGCUGAAGGAGCAGAGGGACCGUGAGCGGUGGCAGCGGCAGCGGAAGGUCCUGGCUGCGGGGAGCUCGCUGGAGGAGGGAGGCGAGUUCGAUGACCUGGUGUCGGCCCUGCGCUCCGGGGAGGUCUUUGACAAGGACUUAUGCAAGCUCAAGCGCAGCCGCAAGCGAUCAGGGAGCCAGGCCCUGGAAGUCACCCGGGAGCGGGCAAUAAACCGGCUCCAUUACUGACCUGGGGAACUGGCCACAUGGGAGGCCGGUAGACAGGGCCGGGUGAGAACGGGGAUGAGCGGAGGCGGUGGUGAUAGUUCAACCAUUUGGUGCUUGGUUUAGAACCCUAGGCUGGGUCCUGGGGUGGGGGGCUGUGUGUGGCCAGACCAGGCGUCUCCCCACACUUACCUUAAGGGGCUCCUCUCAUCUCCCCUUCACACGAUUCCUUCUGCGUCCUGGCCCCAGGGCUUAUUCUGAGGCUGGCUUGGGACAUCCCUGGAAAGCCUCCAACCAGGUAACCCCAGGCUGAGAGGGCCCUGCUCCCCAUCCCCUACCAUGGGCACCCCCAUAUGCUGGCACACAACAGUUCCAGAUCCGCACUGGAGAGGUCCACGGCCUUGUCCGGAUUUCCUGUGCAGCAGCGGGAAUGAUGAUGAGGGGCCCCGAGAGGAAAUCCAGACCCUGCCCCUCAACGGGAGGCUCAACAGAACAUCGACCUGGGGCAAACUUCCUCUUGAAGGCAAACAGAGGCGCCAUUAUAUAUUCUAGUUAGAUCAGCUCUGGUAGGUUCCAGAGAACAGUGUCAGAAGGCUGAUGCAGGGACCAAAGCCCUCAGGACAGAGUAGCAGUAUCUGUUGCCCAUGUCACAAGUCCUCUGGCCUCUCUCUGCAUGUCUUAAGUCUCCCUUCCUUUCCUCCCCUCACCUCCAUCUGUCUACUAAUCCACAGUCCUAGAAGAAGACUCACCUAUGGGCUUCCAGAGUUAUGGCUCACUACCAGGUGCUUGAUGAAUCUGGUAAGGGAGGGGCUCAAGAAAGACCUCAUUCAUCACCACACUUCAUGCCUUGGGCAUAUCCCACGUCCCCACCUCCCGGACACCUGGCCAUUGUUGUGAAGCCAGACAGUGACCUCAAAUGUUAACCUGGAGUCCCCUAUGGCCCCUCGACAGAGGGCAGCACUUGAAUACUUAGCUCCAUCCCACAGCUCUCUACUUCAUAUAAAUAGUUCAGGCCCUCCCACCCACUUAUCUAACAGCCUCAAGGCAGAAACCACAGUGGCCUCUGUCCAGCCUGUAGGCAGCCACUUAGAACCAUGUGUCCACUGGCGCUGGAGAGUUGGUUCCUGAGGUCUCUGAGGGCCAGAGCUGCACUUUGGGUUAAGAUGCUGUCUCUAAGGGUAUCCCCUCUGAGGCAUUCAGAUGAGGGAAACUAAGGAGAUGGUGAUGGAGGAGGAAGGCUGACAUCCUCUGGGGAGCACAUGCCUGAAGGGGCCAAGGAGGAAGCCUGGGCUGGGGGGGGGGGCACAUCCCCACCUCUUGUGCCCAAUUUGGUUCUUCAGCCUUACAAGGGGCUCCUUCUGGUCUUCCCAUCCACUCCUACCUUCCAUGUUGUCCAUGUCGUGCUGGCCUUGGUAAAUGGGAUGGCCGUACCUAGACAAAACUCCUUUCUUCUAAAACUCCAUGAAGGCUCUUAUUUUCAGUACUGUGCUCCGAGUUGUUGACCUUUCAUCCUCUGUGAGACUGGUCCUGCCUUGACCUCUACCAUCAACCAGCUCUUGGCUCUUCUGCCCUUCCCUGUGUUUCUCACUUUCCAACCUAAUCACCGGCUCAGGGUUAUUGCCAGUGGAGACUGGUGAGCUGGGCCCAUUCUCAGCUGCCUCUACUUCUGCCUUUCACCUGCAUCAGACUCCUGGGGCUGGGACUGUAGUCGCUGCGGGGGAAGAAACCCAGUGUUGAUGAGCCCAGCAUGUGUGUUGGUUUGAGGGGGCGGGCAGCGCGUGUGUUCUGGUGGGAGGGACCUGAGCAAGUGCAAGCCUGGCUGACACAGGUGUGAAGAGGCCAUCCUGGAACCCAGGUGAGGGCAAAGAUGAAGGCUUCCAGGCAGAGCAGCUGCAGAGUUUGGCUAUACCCAUCUGCACCCCCCGAGCUCCCACUGCAACACAGGCAUUGGGAUGAUAGGUGGUGGGUGAGACCUCUAAAUGUCCUCUCCCAAACUGGCUAGGCUGAUGUUAACUUAACCCCCAAGGGGCAAGGGGCAGGGAAGAGGGGAGGGCUCCACAAGUGCGUCUGGCCUUCCCAUCCACCGUGGAAGACUGGAUACGCACCUCCAAAGACAAGGACUACGGAAGCUGUUCAAGACACAUUUGAUCUUCAGAAAAGCUGAAUCUGGUUUAACUGCUGACAGAGGGCACAAAUACGUUGUUCCAGAGCCCAGCCUUCUCACUCUAAAAGAUAUUUUUUUAUUUAUUAUUUUCUAGAUCUGGCCAGUGGCUCUGGUUCUAGAUGCCACUGUAGCCAGGUUUCCAACAGUGCCUUGCACCACGGACUCAUACUCAACUCAGAAGGGGCUGGUGCCCAAUGCGGGUGGCUGAGCUGAUCCUUAAUAUGUUAAAUGUCUUCGCCUCUUAAUGUUUCUUGGUCUUGCUUUUUUCCAUGUCCUCCCCACCACUCCUGCCACCUUUAAGUUUCUCCAGCUGUCUAAUUUCCUGGCCAAUGUAAAAUUCAUCAUCAACCUAAUGCAACCUUCUCAGCAGCAGCAUUUCUGCCCUGUGAUGGAAAUAAAGUGUUUAGGGCAGUGGGAGGAGAAGAUUCUCCAGGUGAAUGGGGAAGGGUCUGUUCCAGCCUCUCCCCACUCCCACCAACUGAGGAGCUGUCGCCAUCUCCCCCCACCUCUACCAGGGAUGCCUUCACACCAAGGCUAUUCUUACCAGCUGCCUCCGAUGACAAAUGAGGCUAAAUGGACAAAGUCUGCAGUGUCCUUUUUCACUUGCACCUUUUUUAUAAGAAUAUAUUGUAAUACUAAAAAAUAUUAAAUUCAUACCAUCCCUAUCCAU